CUCACUGAAUCGUAAUAGUAAAAGAAGAAGGCAUAACAGACGUGCCAAAGCAACCUUAUACGGAAAAAUAACCACCAGUCGAGUUGAUUUUUAAACAUAAGCUGGCUUUAGGACCACCACCAAACUCACAGACAAUUCUCCAAUUCUGUUAACAAAAUGUUUAACAGACAGACGAGUCUAUGGAUGGGUGAUUUGGACCCAUACAUGGAUGAGAACUUCGUCAAACAGGCCUUUAGUGCAAUGGGAGAAUCACCAUUUGGAGUCAAAAUAAUAACUCACAAGAUAACAGGCGUUUCUGCUGGAUACUGCUUUGUCGAGAUGGCAGAUGAAGCAAGUGUUGACCGUUGUGUUCAGAGACUUAAUGGAAAACUGGUUCCUGGAUCGAACCCGCCUCGGAAGUUUAAGCUAAACUUUGCCACCUACGGUAAACGGCUGGAGGCAGGGCCUGAUUUCUCAGUGUUUGUGGGCGACUUGGCCUCUGAGGUCGAUGACUUCCAGCUCCACCAAGUCUUUAAGAGCUUUCCCUCCUGCAAAGGAGCAAAAGUAGUCACUGACCAGUACGGCUACUCCAGAGGUUAUGGAUUUGUCAAGUUUGGCGAUGAAAAUGAGCAGAAGAAAGCUAUCGAGGAAUGCCAAGGCACAGUGCUCGGGGGAAAACCACUCCGACUUAGUUAUGCUGUGGCAAAGAUCCCGAAGACUAACACCUGGGCGGGACAGAGUCAGAAUUACCAGAGCAACUACAGCCAGCCGCCAUCCAGUUAUUAUGGGAACCCCAAUGGUGGGGCUCAAGGUUACUACCCUCAGUGGGGCAACUAUGAUCAAUACAGCAGCUAUAACAAUGGUGGCUACAACAACGUCUAUAAUAGUGGAUACAACAGUGGCUAUAACUACAACUACGGCCACUAUGGUUGCCCCCCACCCAAUCAUAUGGUGCCGCCACCCCCUAUUGGGUUGCCUCCCCCGUCUUCUUAUGUAACAGGAGAUGUACAGCAGAGCCCAGAAGAGACUGGAGAUGUUGAGGAUUCUACCGAAGUGCCCUUCCAAGGAUGUGACGUGGACCAGUGGAACACAGAUUUUAUUCAGCAUAGCGAGGAGCUCUAUAACGCCUUGAUGGAUUGUCACUGGGAGCCGCUGGACUCCUAUGACUCUGCAAUACCUUUACUGUCUUGAUAAAUUAGUCCUCAAGUCCUUCCUCAAACUUCACCCACAAUCUCUAAUUGGUUGUCCAGGAUCUCUGUACCUGUUUUCGCCUGCCCAAACAUUGAGCCCACAUGCAGCUCUGAAGUGUCAUCAAAUAGUGCAGUGGUUUUGAAACUGGGAGUACCCCGGGUUACAAUUCUUUGUGUCACUUACUUAAAAUAUUUAAGCCCCCCCACCCUGGUGCAGAAAGUUUCAUCUCCAAAAACGGGGGCAUCCUAAAACUACUGAAAUAGUUCAACUUGAUUGUUCUUUACGAUUCGGAGAGUGUCACAAUGUGGAGUGACAUUACCCCUCUUGACACAGAGGGUGUGGGUCAUUUGGGCACAAAAUACUGAGGUCACCUUGUUUCUUUCACGUUUCUUGUUGCACUGCACAUGGAGGUAUAAAUUUGUAUUAUAAAUUGAUGUUGAAAAGGUCACAUAAAACAAGCGUUCCUAUUGAGCUUUAGAUACUUAAAAUGGCAUGGUUAUUAAUUGGUAUGUACUGAAAACAGUGCAUAGAAUCAUAGUAGUGUUCAAAAUAAUGGCAGUCCAAUGUGAUUUUACGAGAUUAAUCCAAAUUUUCAGUCCAAUGUGACUAACCAGAUUAAUCCACAAUUUCAGUAUAUUUUUUAUUGCUAAAUGUCAAACAAGUUACCAGUAGGUGCAGUAGAUUUGCAGAAAACCAGAAAGACCCAGCAUUUAUAUAUACACACUCUUAAACCAGAUUAAUCCACAUUUUCAGUAUAUUUUUUAUUGCUAAAUGUCAAACAAGUUACCAGUAGGUGCAGUAGAUUUGCAGAAAUCCAAAAAGACCCAGCAUUUACAUAUACACACUCUUAAGGCUGUGCAACUGGGCAAUUUGUUGAAAAGAGUGUGUUAAAAAUUUGUUUUAACACACCCCUUUCAACAAAUUGCCCCAUUGCAGUCUUAGGAGUGUAUAUAUCGGGAAUGCUGGGUCUUGUUAGUUUUCUGAGAAUUUGUUUGACAUGUAGAAAUAAAAACGAAAUAGUAAAUGUGGAUUAAUCUGGUUAGUCACAUUGGACUGCUAUCAUUUUGGACACUACUGUAUAAUUUGAUUUUAAAGUAAGUAAGCAGGGUUGCCGUCUUUACGAGAGACUGAGAAGCGGUGUCAUCCUGUUUCUUUGAGAAAUUGAACGUCCCAGCUGAGUUAUUUUAGGAUGUCAUGUCUUCAUCACCAACUGUUAUUUGGGGUGACUAUUUUGUAAACUGUAUAUAGAUGUAUCUUUUCUGGAACUGUUUGAUCAAUUAAAAAAAACUUUAAAAGGA